GUUCCAAUAAGUGGGACAUCGUAAAAUUAAUUUGGUAACAAUCUGUAUCGUAUGGAUGUGCUGGAAUCUCAAUUGCUUUUUAGCGAUACUUACAUGGAUGCUUAAAAUGCAUAUGACAUGAACCGCACCUAAUCAUCAAAGGUUGAUUUUAAAACUAUUUAAUAUGUUGUAGACGGCUUCCUGAUUCAACAGAGUUGAUUGAUAGGCCAUGAAGAUUGUCAAAACAUUCUUGUUUAUAACCUUUUCUCCAUUUUUCUUUCCAUUAAUAAGUGUAGCCACUGAACCGGGCUUAGGGAUCUGUAAAGGGAAAGAAAACAUUUGUUGUGAUGGUUACUAUGAAGAAAACGGAACAUGCAAAGUUUGUCCAGGAGGAUCAUAUGGAAAAAAUUGCACACAAACGUGCCCCGAAAACUUAUAUGGAGAAUUCUGUCGUGGAAAAUGUAAAUGUACCACUGAAGAAACAUGUAAUCCUGUUAAAGGAUGUAUGUGA